CCAUCUUUCAUACUACCCAUACACUAUGAUUUAUUUUUGUUUCCUAACCUUGAAACGUUUGAAAAUUUUGGUAGUGUGAAUAUAACAUUUCAAGUCUCAACAGCAACAAAUUUUAUUGUCUUACAUGCGAAGGACCUUAAUUUUUCAAGUAUCUUAGUAACUGAGGAUAAUGGAAAAGAAAUACCUUUUGUUCAGCAUUUGGAAUAUCCACAACGCGAACAGGUAUAUAUCAGAAUUGAUGAAAGUUUCGUGCCCAGUGCAGUAUCGAUUAUCAAUUGAUUUUGACAGCUACCUAAAAGAAAAUUUGCAAGGAUUUUAUUUAAGUUCCUAUAAGAAUGAAGGUGGUGAGAAAAGGUAUCUUGCCACUACAAAUUUUCUGCCAACUGCUGCACGAUCAGCUUUUCCUUGCUUCGAUGAACCUGCUAUGAAGGCUACAUUUCAACUUAAAAUUGUGCAUGAUGUACAUUACAGUGCUUAUUUCAAUUCUGAAAUUUUACUAAUCGCUCCGUAUGCUGAAGGGUUAUCUAUAUCAUCUUUUCAUAAAACUGUUAAAAUGAGCACAUAUUUGGUUGCUUUUCUUGUUUGCGAUUUUACAGAACUGGAAAUUGCAGACAUUAAUGGUAUUAAUAUUCGAAUGCUAGCUCCAGCUGAACAUUCGGGGAAAACUGAAUUUGCAUUAGAGAUAGCUGCUGAGGUUCUUCAGUUUUACAAGAAAUUUUUUAAUAUUAGUUACCCUUUGUCUAAAUUAGAUAUGGCAGCUAUUCCUGAUCUUACCGAUAUAGGCGGGGAGAAUUGGGGUCUUGUAUCGUUUCGUUUAACAGAUAUUUUGUACAGUUCGUCAGAAACAUCAACUUUCAACCAAGAAAUUGUGGCUUCUAUUGUAUCUCACAAAUUGGUUAAUCAGUGGUUUGGUAAUCUUGUUACGAUGCAGUGGUGGAAUGACUUUUGGCUGAAUAAUAUUUUUGCUACUUUUAUGGAAUAUAUUGCUUUAGACAACGUCAAAUCAGAAUGGAAAAUGAGGGAUGACCUCAGUGUUAUAUUUACUCAGCAUGCUUUGAUGUUAGAUAGUUUGUUAUCUACUCAUCCUGUAGUAACUGAAGCUGUUGAUUAUUCUGAAAUACCCACAUCUCUUGACAUCAUAUCUUACAGAAAGGGUCCUGCUGUGAUAAACAUGUUAUCAAACUUCCUUGGCAUGGAAACGUUUCAAAAAGGGUUAUCAAGUUACUUGAAUAAAUAUAGUUUACAGAACGUUCGUAGUGAAAACUUGUGGAAUGAAUUUACUGAAGUUGACGUAUCACACAUAAAUGUAUCACAGGUUAUGGAUGCAUGGAUACGACAAAAAGGCUAUCCUCUCAUUACAGUUACACAUGAACAUUCUACAGUAAAGAUAAAGCAAGAGAGAUAUCUUCUUAAGGUUCCUGAAUCCGAUGAUGCCUCGUCUUCAGACAUAUCUCCAGAUGGCUACAAGUGGUUUGUUCCUGUUACGUAUGUCACUAAUCUUUCAAAUAGACAGAACACCUACUGGUUAAAUACGUCUAAUGGAGAAUUUACUUUACCUGCUGAAGUAGAAUGGCUAAAAGUAAAUGUGAAUCAAACUGGUUUUUAUAGGGUUAUGUAUGAUAUAGCCUUAUGGGAAAAGCUGAUCGAUGUUCUGCAUUCUAAUCAUAAGGUUUUCUCACCUGCUGAUCGAGCUAAUCUUGUGGACGAUGCCGUAUCAUUUACAAGAUCAGGAAUUUUGGACACCGAACUUGCUUUUAACUUGACACGUUAUUUAGGAAAGGAAAUCGAAUAUGCGCCAUGGCGAUCAGCCCUUUUUCGUUUUGAACACAUAAAUCUUAUUAUGAGAGAUUGUCCUCUUUUCCUGCCUUUUUUCCAGAAAUAUGUGCGGUAUCUGCUAAAACCUGUUAUCAGUACCCUAGGCUGGGAAGAUACUGGAAGCCACAUGCAGAAAAAAUUGCGUUCUGUUAUUUUAGUAGCAGGAGUACUUUACGGUGAGGAACACACUGUUUAUAGAGCAAAGGAAAUAUUUCAAGACUGGAUGAAGAAUGGUGUAAAAGUUCCACUGAAUAUACGUAGUGCUGUGUAUAAUGCUGGAGUGAAGUAUGGUGGUAAAGAAGAGUGGGAAUUCUGCUUAAGAAAAUACCAAGAAACACAAGAUUCUUCUGAAAAAUACCUGCUUUUAGUUGCUUUAGCAAGUACACAGGAGACCUCACGAUUAUCUCUGUACUUAAAUUACUGCUUGGACGAGGAGAUAAUAAGGCCUGAAGACGCGUUAAUAGCAAUUGUGUAUGCUGCUCGUAAUUUAAUUGGCCCUUCAGUAACGUGGCCAUUUGUGCGCUCAAACUGGAACACGCUUUUGCAGAUGUAUGGUACAGAAAAUAUGGGUUAUAUUAUAGACGAAACAAUUACUUACUUCACCACUCAAGAAGAUUAUAAUGAGAUAAAAGCUUUCUUUGAAGAAGUAAAUGCGGGUGCUGUUAUAGAUUCUCUGAAUCAAAGUCUUGAGACAAUGAAAAUUAAUAUCCAAUGGCGUCAAAACCUGGAAGCUUUUGUCUUUGAAUGGUCACAAGAAAAUUUUAUUUAAAAUUUUACUGUCAUUUAUAAGAGUAGUGAGAUGUUCAAUCUAACUAAUCACGAGGUUUACAUUUUAACUCAUGGUUUUCGAUGUGUUUAUAUUUCCCUUUGA